CUCCACUGCCCCCGUUCACAGUGCGCGCGGCCUGGGGCAACAGAGUGUCUCCCACCGAGCGCGGGAAAAGUGCACCUAGCAUGGCACGAGCGCUGUUGUCUCCCUACCCAACAUGGCGACACGGGGGUCGCACGCCCCCCGCCCCCAGCCGGCCCCCGUCCCGUCCUGCAGCUCGCAUGGCGGGCGGGCGAGCCGAGGAGGAGCUCAGAGCCGGGGCGGCCAUGGCGGGCGGUGCGGUGAAGGGGAUCUUCAGGCAGGCGCUCAGAACCUUCAGCAGGCCCUCGGGGGCCCGGGGUUCGGACCCCGCGGCCUUCGCCGAGAACCUUGCGGCCCUGCGCGCCCUCCUGGACGCGGUGCGGCCCGAGGAUGUGAACGUGGCGCCCAGGAAGGGAGAAGGGGUUGAGGAGGACGAGGAGGGAGCUGGGUACUCGAUGUCCGGGGGGUUCGGGCCACCCCCCGUGAGCUACAUGGAGAUCGCCGAGGGGGUUCACUUCUCCAUGGGGAUCUUCGUGCUGCGGGCGGGGGCCUCGAUCCCGCUGCACGACCACCCCGGCAUGCACGGCCUCCUCAAGGUCCUCUACGGGGAACUGCGGCUCAGCGAGUGGGACCGGGGACCCCCACGGGAUGCCGCGGGGAGCCGCGUCGGGGACCCCGGGCCCCCCGAGUUCAAGCCCCCGCUGCGCGCGUGGCAGCGGCCCCUCGUGCGAGCUUCGCGCUACCGCGGGCAGCAGCGCCUCUCCCCGCUGGCGCCCUGCCGCCUGCUCACGCCGCACCACGGCAACCUCCACCGCGUGGACGCCGUCGGCGGCCCGGCCGCCUUCCUCGACAUCCUCGCGCCCCCCUACUCCCCGGACACGGGCCGCGACUGCCACUACUACCGCCCACUCGUGCCGGCCACCGCCACGCCGGGGCACGGCCUCCUCCCGCAGUCCACCGCGCCGCUCCACCACCUCCACCGUGAUCAUGGCGGCAACGACGACGACCAUGGUGGUGAUGAUGGUGUGGGGGAGCCCUGCUGGUUGCUGGAGAUUCCGCAGCCAGCUGAGUUUUGGUGCGGAUCGCAGGAUUAUCCGGGCCCGCCGGUCAUAUAGGCUCACCGAGGAUCGGCAGUGAUAGGACUCUGUGAGAUGGCGACGAUGGUGAUAAUGAAUUAAGGUUAGAUGUCGUGAUUUUUGAGUUGCCAUUGGCUGAGUGGAGAAUCGACAUUGGAGUUAAUCUGUACAGGAAUUAUUAGUUAUCAGUGUGUGUGUACUACAGGGUUCUGCGUAGAAGUAGGGCCCACGUCUAACAGAGAGGGUCCGUGCCUAUAAACAUCCUGCAGAUCACCAGCGUUGAUUCAAGCAAGCCUGGCUCUGCUGAUGAGACACUGCAUUUCGAAACCGGUCCAGUUUGCUUGAACUGAAUCAAUGCUUCCAAAUUGUAAUACACUUGCAGAAUCUCGUGUAGAAUCUACAGAUCUAUAACUAAACACACAUGAAUCAGAAUAAUCAAGUGUGACAUAUAUUUUGAAUUAACCCGAAACCAUUUCUUUAUCAUUAUUGCCCUUGUAAUUAAUUAGCACUUAUUUAUCUCUGUAAAUGUACAUAAAUUAGCGUGCGAGGUGUAGAGUGGUGGGGCAGUGGUUUUCAAACUGCACUGUGAACCCGGUGACCCGAGUUUGAUUCCCGCUCAUGACGAAUGAGUGGCAGUCCUGGGCCUCCCCUAGGUCAACUCGUCAUCAAAUA